CCUCAUUUCUUCAGCGCGCGCCAAUAUUUAUUGGGCCGUUGUUGCUUCUUUUGGGCCUGACCCAACUUGCCCUUUGACUUGUUCUGCGAUUUCGACAGGUUCUUGACAAACUAACCACAAGCACGCCUUUCAAAAGCCUUCGAGACUCCCUUCUGUUUCGACAUGAUAGGAACUUCGACAUUAUAUUUGAAAGUUUUAUUUUAACAAUAUAACCUUCAAAUAAAUAUUGGACCCACCAAUUAUAUUUAAUUGAUAAAUACCAAAUUUAUGUCCAACAAAUUGCCCCCUAAAAAUGCCAUUUUCGACUGUGUCUAUCGAAGGAGGAGGUGGCAUUUUUGAAAGUACUAAUGGAUAUCUCUCUUUUCCAAUUAUUUCUCUUAUCUCUUAGGCUGAUAUCCAAAAUUUUGGAUUGGCUCCAAAACUUACUUUCUUUUCCACUUGUCAAGGGAUUUGGGCACUUGUCAGCACAGGAAGUUGAAGAAGUUGUUAUUUUCCUUUUUGGAUUAUUUUAAUUCUACGAUCACGCGCCCCUAUAAAUAGGUAAAUCCUCUCUUCAUUGUUCUUUUUCCAAACUCUUUCUUUCAACUGUUCAUCUUCUUCCUCAACUCUGAGAAUUCUUUGCUGAAUCUCUUGCUUCCAAACACCUUCAACUUUGAAACUUUACUUAUCAUCACAUCACCGAUCUUUUCUUCUCUCAGCUUCUUUCUAAAUUGCUCCAACAACUCGCAAAUUCCCAAUCUCAACCCUAAUCAUCAAUUUUUCGCAGAACUCUUGAACUUCAACAAUGGCGUCUAGUUCAAACAUUACGAAGUUACUUCCCUACGCUGGCAAGUGGACCACCAACACACUCUCUUCUUAUGAAGAAGAUACCGUUCCAGAACCUUCGUUGCGAACGGAUUUGCAAAAAGUUUGGGAAAAUCAGGUAAUCUUCCCAUACUCCAUUAAUAAUCUGGUGCAUGCAUUUGGGGGACCUAAACCAGAUGAGAGAAAUCGUAAUUCCAACACCAUACCUAUUUUUCCUGUUUAUAUGCUUUGCAUCCCUAGGGUUUUCCUCAGUGAACCCUAUAACUUUAGUUAUAUUAAAGCGCCUAAUAGGGUCUUUCGAUCAGCUCCUUCUCUAAAUGACCAAUACCUUAAGUGGUUAGAUAGAAUACAACAAGAUAAGGCUGAUAUUUGGUAAGCUUGUGGUAUUUAUGACCUUAUUCAACUCUCUAGGACAAGUCUUAAAUACCAACAGGAAAUGAUUGUUGCUGCUCUACAUUUCUUUGAGUCUUCUACCAACACUUUCCACUUCGAAUGUGGCAUGAUGACUCCUACAUUACUUGAUGUUGCUGCUAUUACUGGUUUAUCACCCCUUGGGGACACUUAUGAUCCUUUUAAGGCUUCUGACACCAUCAAAUUCGAUUUUCGCAACAAAUCUUACUCCAAGUAUAUCAUUGAGAAUCAAAAGACUGAUGAUGAGGUAAGUGCUGAGGAACAUGUUGCUUUCUUAACCCUCUGGCUGUCUCAGUAUGUUUUCUGCACUCAAUCUCUCCAAGUGGCCAAAAAGUUCAUUCCUAUGGCCAUUCAACUGCAUGAAUGUCAGCAAUUUAGCUUUGCUCGACUCAUCCUUGGAUGUCUUUAUGAAUCCAUGAGGGAUGCUUGUGAGCACCUUAAUAAGACAGGUGAUGGAUCCACCUUUUUAGGAGCUGGCCCCUUCUGGUUGCUGCAAUUGUGGCUAAACGCUACGUUCCAUGCAGAACUUGACCUUUUCUUGCCUGAGCAAUUUUAUGAUGAGUCGCUCGCGCGCCAAGUCGAAGGCACGAGGCUAGCAAGACUAGCUCCCAGGGUGAGAGGCCUUACCUAUGAUGUAGCCUUCCAACAAUAUUUCAAUGUUUUUCUAAACUUGAAAAAAUUCAAGCCCAGCUUCGCUCCCUUUGUGGAUAGGCCACUUGGCCCUCCUUGGUUCACUCAACACUUUCCUUCUCCACCGGACUUCGAAGAGGUGAUCACCAACAUUUGGAGUGCCUAUCUGAUGCCCACAGUCCUUUCGUGUCGAAUUGGGUUGACUGCUAGGGAGUUUGGGCUAGUUGGUUACUUCCCAAACUUGGUGUCUCGCCAAUUUGGCUUAACCCAAAUACUCCCAAAGAGCAUAUACUUGGAGGAAAGGGAAGUUUGCUUAGGCAAAUAUGGCAUGACGGAGCCACAAUACCAUUCGUUUUUGAAGCAUUUCAACAAACCAUCCUAUGAGCUUACUCCAUUCGAGUUUGCUCCUUCUCAUGCUUGCACCAGGGAAUUCUCCAAAUGGUGGUCUCUCCACUAUGAAGGGCGUUUGGUCAAUAGGACUGUCUUGCUUACUGCUAUCUCUGAUGGAAUCGACUCAUCCAUUUUGAACAAGAUUAAAUCAAAAUUGAACACCAGAGGUAACCUCUUAUUUCGAAUCCUACUUACACAGUCUUUUAAUUUGCAUACUUUUCUCUUAUGUGCACCUCUUUUAUGCAGGGAGUAAGUCGAAAGCAGGUUCUAGCAGUUCUAACAAACCUCCUCUUCCACCACCAAAGGUUGAGCUAGGGGUAAGCAUUUACCUUUUACUAUCUUUCACACCUUCUAUGGAAUCUUCUGUGUUAACCUUUGCUAUGCCCUUUUUUCAUAUUACCUCACGCAAAAGGUUGCACCCAAGUGAGGCUCCCUCUUCUUCGAAGAAACAAAAGCCUGCUCCAACUGCUCAUUCGAGUGCUGCAGAUAAGGUAAUCCCUUAACCAAAGCUUUCUUUCUUUUCCCUUUGGCUUGAAUAUAAACCAAUCAAAAUGUGGCUUAUAGGACACACCUACUCUUUCCACCAUCAAUGAACAGCCAAACACUACCAUCAUACAAGAUCCUCCCCAUAAUGAUUAGCCCACCAAGGACAAGAAGAAGAAGAAAAAGAAGGACAAGAAGUCUAGCCAACUGGCUACUUCUGAAAACCAACCAUCUGAGGUUGAGGCACAAAAAGACACUUCCACGCCUCCUGAAAAUCCUCCUCCAGAACACUCAGAAAAGAAAAAGAAGAAAAAGAAGAAGCAUAGAGAGUCUCCCAUUUUGACCACUGCUAUUGAGAUUCCGGCUGUCACAACAGAAGCGCCUCAAGUGCUUGAAGCUACUCUUGAUAAUCAAGCCCAACCACAAAAUUCUCCACAAGCUAUUCCUCAAGAUAAUCCUUCUCCCAGCAAAAUGGCUAAGGAAGUGGUCGAAGAACCAGUUGCUGCGCAACAUGAAACUGUGCUAGAAAGGGCUCCAUCCCCUCAGCCUGCCGAAACUGCUAUCCUCACCAGGUCACCAUCACCUAAACCCACUGGUU